AUGUCGAUGGCAACUUUCAGUGGAAAACGGUACUUCGUGACAUUCAUUGAUGACAAGUCAAGAUACUGUGUCGUCUAUCUGCUCAAGAGCAAAUCUGAAGUUGCGGCGAAGUUCAUGGAAUACGCUGCGAUGGCCGAAACGCAAACCGGAAAGCGCGUGAAGUACCUUCAAAGCGACAAUGGGGGUGAAUACAAGUCCGACAAGCUGGCACGAUUCUGCGCGGAACGGGGAAUACAACAAAGGUUCACACCCCCAUAUACUCCUCAGCUAAACGGAGUAGCUGAGAGAAUGAAUCGCACGCUGGUCGAGUGUGCGCGUUGCAUGAUGGAACACGCUGGACUGGGAAAGAGCUACUGGGGUGAAGCAGUGAUGACGGCGAUGUUUCUUCGAAACCGCUGUCCAACACGUGCCAUUCACCAAGACAAGUCUCCAUAUCAAGUGUGGACGAUGAAGAAACCGAUUCUGGCCAACCUUAAAGUGUUUGGAUGCCACGCGUAUGUUCAAGUGCCUCAAGACAAACGCGCGAAGUUCGACUCCAAGUCAUCACUCUGUCGUUUCCUGGGAUACGCCGAACACCAGAAGUCAUAUCGAUUUGAGGAAGUGUCAACAGGAGCGAUCAAGAUCAGUCGCGAUGCCACAUUCAUGGAAGACAAGUUUGAUGAAGGUCCGCGCAACUACAACGAUGAGUCAAGUGUCGUUGAGUUUGAUGAUCAUGAUGAGGACGAAGAAAAAGAAGAAGGUAAAACUGACGACGACAUGGACUCGAGCGACGAUGACAACGAAGACACCAGGUCUUCGAAGAGCAACAUCAAGAGACACACGCGCACUCAAUCACUUGAGAAAGCUACCGUCAUUCCAAGUCCCAAGCGAAGAACAUACAGAGGUCCGUCGCUUGAGCAUGUGUCAGCGGCUGCAAUGGAUUUUGAAGCAGCCUACAUCGUUGAUUCAGUGGGGGAAACGCCGACUACAUUCAAGUCGGCGAUGGAAUCAAGCGACUCCGGCAAGUGGAAAGAAGCGUGUGACUCGGAGUUCGAUUCGCUUCAGAGAAACGACACGUGGGAAAUCGUGCCUCUUCCGAAAGGUCGCAAGGCCAUCGGGUGCCGAUGGGUUUUUCGUGUAAAGGAGAAUCAAGAUGGCGAAGUUGAACGUUUCAAGGCAAGACUUGUGGCCAAAGGAUUUGUUGAAAAGACAGCGGCUGUGAAGAAGACACCUCCUCAAGCUGCGUCAAGUGUUGAAGCAAGUGGAAGACCAAGCUUCGCUAUACCGGUGGGUACCGGUAUGUACCAGUAA